CCCGGCCGGCCGCCGGCGCGAAGACGCGCGAUGUUGAGCCGGCUUCAGGAGCUGCGCAAGGAGGAGGAGACGCUGCUCCGGUUGAAAGCGGCCCUGCACGACCAGCUGAACCGGCUCAAGGUUGAAGAACUGGCUCUCCAGUCAAUGAUUAGUUCUGGGAGAGAAGAUGAGGUGCUGUCUUCUCAUCCUGCGCCUGAACAGUCACAUGAUAUGUUGGUGCAUGUAGACAAUGAAGCAUCAAUCAACCAGACCGCACUGGAGUUGAGCACAAGGAGCCAUGUGCCAGAAGAGGAGGAGGAGGAGGAGGAAGAAUCAGAUUCCUGAAGGGGAGAAGAGCCAGGGUUAGUCACAGGAGUUAAGUUUUAAGCCGCAGGAACUUUCUCUCUUCAAAGAAUUCUUGCCAUGGGCCCUGUGGCCUCCUUUAAAAGGAAGCAAGAACUUUAGGAGGAUGUGUAGUUGUAGAAAUGGUUCCAUCAAUAACUCAAGUUUCAGAGUGCUUUAACCAAAAUUAGUGACAUACAGAAAAGCAGAGAUACAAGUUUCAGUAUUGAGCAAUAUGGGUGGUGCUGUGUUUAUAUUCUGGUCAGAUUCAGAAAUUGUGUUCAAAACCAAAAACUUCCUCUGAAAUGCUAUUGAGAAGGUCUGGCAUUUGCAAAAAGGGCAGAGUUUAAAUACAAGCCAGCCUUUCCAAUCAACAAUGCCUCUUUUAAGAAAACCAAUUAUAAACACUGUUUGCAUGCCAUUGAACCCUUGUGAGCAGAGCAAGGCCACAGUGUGGGAGAGAAAGAUGACAAAGAGGAGGACAGAGGGCCACCUGAGAGCACAAGCUGUUGCCACCUCUCAGUGACACCAUAAAACUGCCUACUGACAUGCUUUGUAUGGCUGUUAUCACAUCUAGGUUGAGACAUCACUAUGGUAAAAUGUCUUAGAAAUGAAGAUAAAUAGUCAUCAUGCAGCUUGCUGCUUUCCAGACAGAAACAGAAAAGGGUCAGUUCCUCUGGGGCGAACAAUAUAGUAGGAUGGUGGAAAACCCAUUUCUGGACUUAGGAAAUGUGCCAUUGAAGGAUCACUAGGCUUGGGAGGUUGGAUUUUGUAAUAAAGAGAUGAUAGUUACAGAGUAAGAGUUGUUAAACUUCGUAUUUGAAGUUGAGACUCAUUUCUGCGUACUGUCCCUUUUCCACUGAAUAUACAGACAAGUAGUUGCUUAAUUUUAUGAAAGUAAUUGGCCCUGCCCAGAAAAGCCAAACAAAACCCAAACAACCUCCUCAAGCACAGCUCCUUACAAAACUGUUCCAGAAGAGAGCACAGACAUAUUUGUUAAUAUUUCAUUAAAGUUAUUUUGAGCUACUCUUACAGGAAGUAGCCAGAAGUUUAAA